AUGGACUCCCAGCCCGGGGACCCUGAUGCGACGACCCCUGGUCCGGUCGACCUCCCCAAUGGCAAACGCCGCUGGCGGCGGAAUCGAGUUGCGUGCGAUUCAUGCCACACCCGUCGGGUCCGAUGCGACCGCGCGUUUCCCUGCUCUCGAUGUCUGCGCAGCGACACCCAUUGUGAAUUCACUCGCGAACGUCGCAAGCGCGGGCGCAUUGCGCGUGCUAAACUGGUGAAUGGGUCGACUGGACCCGGCGAGGCGCCUCCACACUUUGCACCCCGGACAGAAUCGCUCGACCAGAAACCUCCCGGACAACCGGCGAUAUCCCCGCAACAGCAGCAGCAGCAGAGUUCCCCAGAAUCAACUUUCCACCACCGAUCCCCCACGACUAAUGAUAUCAGUUUGUCUGCGCCGAGCGUGGAUGGCCCGCACUCGGCUGUUGACAGCUCGCGAUCGCAGCGACCAGGGCUAGCACCUGGACCCGGACCCCGCCCGGAAGGGAACGCGACUGAGGAAUGGUUGUCGACGGCACAUCUAUCGCCCGAAUCCUAUGAUAUUCUGGGAGGAGUACACGGUGGUGAUGGGCCGCUUCCACGGCUUUGGGAUAUUUGGACUCCGGGGGAUUUGGCGGGCCAUCAUCCUCCGAAGCGGCAUUCGCAGAUCCCCCCGGUACCUGCGCAACCCCAUGCGGGUCAGGGAGCGUCUCCUCCCAAACGGCCGGGGUUGAAGUACCCCGUCCUGGAACCAGUCAUGCCAUUCUUGGAGUCUAAUCUCCCACGGCGUUUAGUUUGCGAUCUGCUCGAGCUUUAUUUUACAAGCUCAUUUUCGACGCACAUGCACCCGGUCUGUCACCACAUCCAUUGUUACGUGUUGCGAAAGGCUUCCUUCCUGAGUACCGACCGGCCGCGACCCAGCAGCCCGGCUUUGUUAGCCAGUAUGCUUUGGGUGGCGGCGGUUGACGAUCGGGCAUUUUCUUUAUCGAUUUCUCCUCUACAACGUCGGAAGAUUUGUCAAUUUCUUUGCGCAUUGACAAUUCGAUUGCUCCGGCCUUUGAUUCACGUCUCGUUUAAGGAUCAGGAGCCCUCCGAGAAUUCAAACGCGCCUCAGGACUACUCAGCCGCAUCGGCUCAUCAUCCGUUCGAGGGAGUCGGCGACGACAAGGGUCUCGUGGGCCCUGCCGGAUCUUUAGAUGAUGUGAUUACUUACAUCCAUGUCGCGUCGAUCAUCUCCUCGAGCGAACAAAAGGCUGCGAGUAUGCGAUGGUGGCAUGCAGCAUUCACUCUAGCCCGAGAACUCAAAUUGAACCAAGAGAUCGAGGUCAUGCCCAAUAUCGACAGCCAGACCGAUGGAUCCAGCCCAUCAUUUGGCUACCCCCUGGGUGGUUGGGCGAGUUCCCCCGGGGGUCCCGUCUUUGACUAUUCAAAUCCAUCCCGACCGAGCCUGAACUGUGUGUGCGAGGAUAAGCAUGACCCGCAGAGUAGCCCGCCCGUGACGGAAGAGCAUCGCGAGGAGCGUCGGCGCACUUGGUGGCUAUUGUAUAUCAUGGACCGUCAUCUCGCUUUGUGUUAUAAUCGGCCGCUCGCUCUUUUGGAUGCGGAGAGUGAGGACCUGUUGCUUCCUCUGGAUGAGGCCGCUUGGCAGGCUGGUAACAUCCAUAGUAACAGUCCCCGUGCGGAUGGACCACAGUGUAUCCGAUCGGGUGAUCGUAACAAGCGCCGCGUCUUCCCAAAUUUCAUCUGCCAUGAUCACUCUAUACUCGGCUUCUUCUUACCGUUGAUGACGAUUACCGGUGAAUUGAUCGACUUGAACCAAGCGCGGAAUCAUCCUACCCUCGGGCUUCGGCUACAAGGAAAGGAGGCAUGGGAGGUGCAUGUAUCAGAGGUCCUUCGACAGCUUGAGAUUUACAAAGCUAGUCUGACUACGUUUGCCGCUGCCGACCCGGAGACUUCCUUGGCCUCUCAAUAUGCUAAUAAACCGGAUCAACCGACCGAUGCGUCCUUGUCGCAGGCGUAUUCAUGGCAUACGCAGACUGUGAUUGCAUAUUCAUCAUACCUUGUCCAUGUCCUCCACAUUCUCCUCGUUGGAAAAUGGGACCCGGUCUCUCUCAUCGAGGAUAAAGAUUUCUGGACAUCUUCGCCGGCCUUUGCAUCGACCAUCUCUCACGCACUGGAGGCGGCAGAUGCCGUCCAGCAAAUUCUCCGAUUCGACCCUGACAUCAGCUUUAUGCCGUACUUUUUUGGCAUCCAACUUUUGCAGGGAAGCUUCCUGUUGCUACUUAUCGUGGAGCGUCUCCAGAAGGAAGCCGGCGACGGGAUUCUCAAUGCCUGCGAAACUAUGAUCCGGGCUACCGAGUCGUGCGUGGUGACAUUGAACACGGAAUAUCAACGCAGUUUCCGGCAAGUCAUGCGCAGUGCAGUUGCCCAAGCUCGCGGUCGGCCAGUGAAUCCCAGCGAGAUCCGGCAUCGUCGAAAGGCGGUGUUGGCGUUGUAUCGAUGGACGCGCAAGGGUACCGGGUUGGCUCUGUGA